AUGUAUGCGGAUCGCCUAGAGGAGGAGCGGGAGACCGUGAGAACCCGCCUCUCGGGGGGCCAAGGCGGCGUGCGCACAGGCGCCGCGAGCACCGGACCAAUCAGGAACCGCGUGUCGUUCAAGAAGGGCGGCUCGGCCACCACAUUCAGGCGACACUCUACUGGCGGCAGCGGUGACGAGGACAGAUGGCAUCACGACCUGUUUGACCAGAGCGGCAAAAAUGACGACCCUAUUGUCGACUCAAAAGUCAACUCCUUCCCCUCCCCCUCUUUUGAGUCGACUCAAAAGUCAACUCCUUCCCCUCCCCCUCUUUUGAGUCGACUCAAAAGAGUUCCCGCAGCCAAUGACCUCCGCGCCCUGCUCAGGGCCAAGGGGGGGAGCCAGCGGGGGGGAGGGGGGAAGCUGGGGGGAAGACUGGGCGGAAAAGUGCAGGUGGCGGACCUGCGCCACAAGCUGUCUGGGGGGAGCGGGGGAAGUGGGGGGAAGAUUAACAGGGGGAGACUAGGCACUGCUGUGGUAAGCAGUGCGGGGAUUUUAGCAGCUGAAAGGGGAGCAGGCGGGGGAGGGGGGAAAGGAGGAAGCAGAGGAGCAGCAGCAGGAGGAGGAGUAGGGGGGGUGGUGGUGAGGGGUAGAGGCGCGGUUACAGACCUAUCCUCUCUAUCCUCUGUAUCCUUUAGGAGUGAUGAGCGGUCGGUGGUUGGUGGGGACGUGGGCGGGGUAGUGAGGGUGGCAGCAGCUGCUGCUGCUGCUGCUGCAGCAGGAGGAAGGGGAGGGGGGGAACGCCUAGUGAAGCAGCAGCAGCCGCGGCAGCAGCACUAUCAGCAGCAGGAGCAGAGGAGGCUGACCGUGGUGGUGGCAAACGAUGGGGUUGGGGGAGCAGGGAGCGUCAGGAGGAGAAGCACGGUGGUGGGGGCGGUGGGGGUGGGGGAGGAGAGGGGGGUGGCAGCUAUAGAUGCUGACGUGGCUAUGGAUGGGGAAGAUGAGCAGCAGGUGAGAGGCGGCUGGGGAGAAGGUGGGGGAGAAGGUGGGGGAGAAGGUGGGGGGGAAGGUGGGGGGGAACGUGGGGGUUGGGUGGUGGGGGAGGAGAGGAGGGCGACCAGGAGCAGUGUCAUCCUUCCUUGCGGGCCUGGGACUGAGCAAAUUUUUUCUUCUUGUUACCUUCUUUUCCCCUCCCCGCUCCAUCAGAUAGACUUGCAGACUCUUCAUCGCAUGUCGGAAAAUGACUUGAAGGAAAUCGGCAUCCCUAUGGGCCCUCGUAAGAAGAUUGUUCAAGCAAAUGCGGCUGCUUAG